CUUUAACCCUGUCCGAAGAUAUUCCUUCGUAACUGUAUACGAUCUUAAGUUUCCUUUCAACCAGGAAACUCCCGUGACUACGCCCACGCCGGCACGCGAGGAUGGGCCACGUGCGCCGGUGAUUGUGUUCGUGUGGCGCCUAAUGAACUCUGCGACAACCCACUUUAUCAUCCCUGUGUGCGCUGGGGUGACGGGAGUGCUGCCGCUGAUCCAGAUGCACUUGGCUACACUUGCUUCCUGGGUGUCACCGCGAAUACACGUCUCUUCCUUCGCUCCAGGCUGAUUUGCUAGCUGGCUGCCUGGCUGGGUGUUUCUCAGUCCUCCUCUUUUGUGGUGCGUGAAAAGAUAACCAAGUAGAAUUGCAGAGCGUGCCGCUGCUGUUGCUGGUGUGCUGUGUGACUCUAGUUUGCGGAAGGCUGUGCGUGAAGGUUCCAGGAUACAGACUGACGUGUUGGCAUCAUUAGUGAGGAAAGCUAUGAUAAAUUCCCUAACUGGAUGGCUGUGUACAUGACUGAUUACCUCGGUGGACUGAGUGCAGUACCUGGCUGAUCGAGGCACUGAUAUGAGAUGUGUGGUUCACUGACUAACUGACCGAACGCAGGCUGGCUUGUGGUGUCUCAGAAGGCACAUGGCAGCCCCUGGAUAAAGAGGGGAGGAUAGAAGGCGGGGAAGGAAGGAAAGCUGUACAACAAGUCUGGUCUCAUGAUGUGUCAGUGAAGGCGUGACGCGCACCACUCUUGGAAGCUACUGUAUAUAUUGCUGCCUCUUGCUACUCAUAGACCUCCUCUCGGGAGUGUGUUGCGUGUAUGAGUGGGUGCCCUUCCUGCGGCAGGAUGGUGUUGCUGGUGGACCUCCGUUGCACCACCGCGGCUUCGGUCUUCCUCCAGGCGUGCUACAUGAUGGCGUGGGUGAGCGUACUGGCUGAAGCGACUGCGGCAGGAACCACAGACCCACCGGAGCACCUCACGCUGUUCGUCACGCUGCCCAUGCCCUCAGACGAUCCUCAGGACACCGUCACUACCACUCCUGCCUCGAGCAGCAGGCCCCCUUCCUUCACCAACACGACCAUGGCCACGCGAACCACUGCAAAGAGGCAAGAGGAGGACAGGGCCGCCCUUCUGCUUCCCUCUUCGAAUGACGUUCAGGUGGAGUUCAUGGCGGAUGACCAGCUAGCGGCAUCACAAAUACCGGAGCUUCUGCGAGCAAGUGGUGGUGGUAUGAGCAAGUCGCUGUCCUCUCGCCUCCUACACCAGCAUCACCAAGGCACACGCGAGGUCGACGGACGCAGUGGCUCAAGCAGCUUAGUGCAUCCUUUCCCUCGACGCACGCCCAGGCCCAGACCCUCCAACCUGGCCCGUCCCGUCUCCCCUGGCGUCUCGGCCAAGGAGAACUACUACACCUCACCCCACAAUGCGCGACCGUGGCUCUUGCAGCGACCCCCCCACAACAUGACUCGAGUUUUGGGCAUCGAGGCGGAGUGUCAGGAGGAGAGCAUGAAGAUCUUCGUCAAGUUCAACGGAUCCUUCACGGGACUUAUCUACUCCUCGGGCUACGCCCACAGCGCUGACUGCGUGUACGUGAGCGGAUCGGGGCGCCCCUCGUACACAUUCAUCAUCCAGCAUAACCGGUGCGGCACGACCAACGGCGACCAGAACGUUCCGGACGCCUACACCCGCCAGCCUCUGAAGUCGGUGACACGGAACACUCUGACGGUACAGUACAACCCGCUCAUCGAGGAGGUGUGGGACGAGCACUUCAAGGUUACUUGCGAGUACGACUACGAGUUUCGCAAGACGGUCACUUUCCCAUUUAUGGAUGUGACCGUGAAGACCGGAGACCUGAGGGAGUUCACUCUGCGUGCGCCAGAGUGCAAGAUGGAGAUCCGCCAAGGCCUGAGAGCGGACGGGCCGCGUGUCGAGGGCCCCGUGCGUGUUGGCGACCCGCUCACCCUGGUUAUCUACAUGACUUCCCAGCAUGAGAAUUUCGACAUGGUGGUGAGUGAUUGCCAUGCUCACAACGGCGGGGACAAGCGCAUCCAGCUGAUUGACUCCUUCGGGUGCCCCAUCGAUGAGUCUCUGAUCACCGGGUUCCAGGGGACGAAUGCGGGCGACAGUGCCCACCAAACCAGUGUGUUCGCCUUCAUGAAGACCUUCCGCUUCACAGGCUCCAGAAUGCUGUACCUGCAGUGUGACGUAACCAUGUGUCUUGGCAGGUGUCCUAAAGCGGAUCCCUGCCACUGGCGACGCUACAGAAGACACGUCAAAGGAGAGGGUGAGGGAGAAACAGAAGCAGAGGAGGUGGAGGAAGAGGAAGAAGAUAAUGAGAAAAAAGAAAAGGAGAACAAAGUGGACCAUAAUGCCUCUUCCCCCGCUAACAUGUCGGAGAGUCUUAGAAUGACCCUUGAGGUGGUGCGGGACGAACAGGUCUUCCAUGCACGCCGUGACCUUGAUACUGAGAUGGUGUGCCUCAAACAAGGAACUGUCUCAGCUCUGGCAGGUGUGGUGGCAAUAGUGUUGGGGACCUUGUUGGUGACAUGUGGUGUCAUGUGCCUCAGACUGCGGCGGGCACGGAGACAGGAAGACAGCACAAUCCCUAAGUCAGCCUACUCCCCAAGCCCUGGGUCACACUUUGUGCCACCCAUCAAGAAGAGACUCCCUUGAUAAAAGAUUGAAAGAUUGAGAUAAACUGUCAGUGUGAGUUGGUCUGUGAAUGUCCUUGCAGUGAAGUGAGUGAAGUGUUGCAGAAUGUGAGGCUGAGGCAGUCAUGCAUGGCUCCUCCAUCCCCAUUCAGCCUCAGAAAAUCACAUCCACAUUGGCAUUUUUUCCAUUUAUGUUGGUGAGACACAUAUGGGGAUGCCAGCGUGCUGCUUAUGAUCUUGCUGCUGUUGCUGUUGUCAUUUACUCAUACUAAAGAACAUUUCACAAAGAGGCAUUAUUGUGUUUUGUUGCAUUCAUGACUGACCUGUCUGGCUGUUGUGUUUGUUAUUUGUUCAAUAUGUAGGUACUAUACUGAUUUUUCAACUUACUUGUAGAACGAGAUGGAAAGAUAGAAAGGUAGUACGUGUGACCUUCCCUCAGCAGGUGGCACCCACCACAUUUGAAUUGUUUAUUAUUCUGCAAGGCCAGGUGAACACUGGCACUCCUGCUCAUGCAUCUACUCAACAAGGCAAUGUCUCAUGAUGCCUACAGGUAUAAGUCAGUGGGAGUGCAUUCUGUCUUUUACUAAUGAUACAAAUAUUUAAAGGCCCAUCUGCUACACCUCAUCCAGUUUACACAGUACUCAUUGUGAUGGAAAGGUACAAGGCAAAAUCCUCAAAUGAUGGAGUAUGUCCUCAUUCUUAUGGCUGGGAGUUUGAUUUGUGCUUUGUAUCAUGGGUACAUGCAACUGUGUAAACUUCUGCUACUCAUAAUGCUAGUUUAUUCAUUAUCAGUUACAUAAAUUAAUAUGUAAGCAUGAGAGACUACACCAAUGUAAGCAAGGCUGCAAGUGUGAGGAAACUGUGAUGAUGUUGCACAUAGCCUGAUUGGAAGAAAGAUGUCUAAUUGUGUUUCCUAUGUCAGUGUAGCAGCUCUCCAGUCCAAACCACACAGUGGAGGGAAAGUAAAUUGUUUCUUUGCUUGCCCUCCAGUAUUUUAAGUGUUGCUUACCAAAGCAAAGGAUCGUCUGCUAACAGAGGUCUCUUUACCUGCUGGUAAGUUUAUUGAAUGUUAAAUAAUUUGUUAUUUAUUCAAGUGGAGAUUCUUACUUUAGAGUAGCUUUUGCAUUUGUUUCUGUAUGAUCUAACUCACAUGUUGCCUG